UCCUGCCUGUACGUUUCUUCUCUUUAUACCGAAACAAUCUGAACUUUUGAAGACAAUGCGUGUAGGCGGCGGGGUGGCCAAUGGAUGCCCAAGCGCCACCUCUCUGCUCCUUGGUCGCGGCGGAGCUCGUCUUCGCUACUUUUCUUCUUGUUCGGCUGAUGGUGAACAUAUAUCUUUUAUCAAAGAUGUGGCUGCAACUCAGCCUCCCAAGCAUUUGCCUCAUCUGUUGAGAAUGCUCAAAACAAGUGGUGAGUCAAUUAUUUCUCCUGGAGCCAAACAAGGGAUAAUACCCCUUGCCAUCCCAUUGGCAAAGAACAGCUCAGGUGUUAUGACUGCCCUACUAAGGUGGCCAACAGCUCCGCCUGGGAUGGAGAUGCCAGUUGUGGAGAUCCGUAAACAUGGAGUUUGGCUCCUGGCAAAGAAUGUGGAUCAAUUGAUUCACAGAAUCCUGGUUGAAGAAGAUGCCAAGAACUCAUUGAAAGACAAUGGUGAACUAUUUCUUGCUGCAGCUGAUGCUGGGGAGAAUCUUUAUAUGAAGGGUGACUUUGCCAAAUCUAACAUUACUGAUUUGGAUGUCUAUCUUUUGAGAAAGGUUGGUCUAUUUCCAGAUGUUUUGGAGCGCAAAGUGAUCGGACAUUUUGAGAAAGGAGACCGUGUGUCGGCCAUGGUGACGGGAGAAUUUUAUGCAAGGAAGGAGCAUUUUUCAGGAUUUGCACGGCCUUUUGCAUUUAAUGCAGAGGUUUUACUGAAGGUUGGGCGCAAGUUAGAAGCUAAAGAUGCUGCCAGAGGCGCUCUAAAAUCUCCAUGGUGGACCUUAGGUUGCAAGUACCAGGAAGUUGCUCAAAUAGCUGAAUGGGAGGAUGAGCAAAUUGAGUAUCUGAAAGAAAAGGUGACAGAAGAAGGAAUGCAAGAAGACCUUAACAAGGGCAAGCCACUCGCCCAGAUCGCAUUGGACAAAGCUGCCUUUUUGUUGGAUUUAGCUUCUGUUGAAGGGACAUGGGACGAAUCUGUUGAGCAAAUUGCUGAAUGUUACAAGGAGGCAGGACUCCAUGAUAUUUCAAAAUUUGUGCAAUACAACGAAGUAUCUCAAUAGAACAUUGGAAUCAACCACUCUUUUGGGGCGUAUUUUCAUUUUUGUGUUUUCUUGUAAGUUAACCUGAAAGUCAAUUUUGAUAGAUAACUAGAGGUUCUUAAUGGACUUGUGUAUUGUGAGUUGCAAAUGAAGUGAAUUUGGAUAA